AUGGUGUGCUCCUGCAGUGUGCACUUGUGUACAAAUCGUUCAAAACCAGGUGCUCGAAAAAUACACUUUUUCUCGUUCCCACUGAAAAAUGCUGAAAGAAAUCAGCAAUGGGUAAAUGCAGUUGGCCGAAAAGGGUUUAUCCCGACCAAACAUAGUAAAGUAUGUAGUGAUCAUUUUCAUCAAAAUGAUUUUGAACAAAAUUGUGGUGGUAGCUAUUUGCUAAAACUCAAGGAAACGGCUAUCCCUUCAAUUUUUCCAAACUACUCAGAUAUAAUAUCAAAAGCUAAAAUGCAGUGUUUUGAGGUUGACCCAUUUCAAGUAGCUGGAUGUAGCUCUUAUAAUCUUUGUACUGAAACUAAUGAAUCAGAAGAAGUACAUAAUGAUGUUGGUCGUGUUAUGGAUGAUAGUACUUCAGUCAAAAUUAUUUCACCACUUAAAUCGACUUCAAAUAUUCAAGAAUGUAACUUUUUAACACAGAAUUCAACACCACCAAUACCAUUGUUAAUUACACCAUCUAAAGUAUCAUGUGCCCGUUCAUUAUUUAACAUAAGUCUACCAAAGCGUCUUAGUUUUUCUCCAUCUAAAUCUGAAUUGAAGAAAAAAAUUAAAUCAUUACAACAACGAAUUCGACGAGAGUCAGAAGAGUUACUAAUGGAAAAAUUUGAUGGUACAACUUUGGACAUAUUCCAAAAUGUUGUUAAAAAUAAAGGUAAAACGUCUACUGGACAUAGAUUUAGUAAAAAAUUAAAAGAAUUUUCUUUGACUCUGCACUAUUACUCGCCUAAAGCUUAUGAGUAUACAAGUGAAGUCAUGGAAAGUUUGAAAACUUUAAGUUCUGAAGACAAACACUGCAAUUUAUGUUUAGAUGCCAUGGCCUUGAGGAAACAAAUUUUAUGGAGUGACAAAUUUAAUAAAUUUAUUGGCUAUUGUGAUUUUGAUGGUGAAUUAUAA